AUGGACUUGGAGCUUUUCGACCUAGUGGAGGAAAUCCCACAAACCUUCUAUGAGUUCCUGUCGGUUAAUCAGGAUGCAUCCUCAUCUGAGAUCAGGAAGGCAUAUAGAAAGCUCUCUCUUACAUUACACCCCGAUAAAAACAAAGAUGAAAAUGCAGAAAACCAAUUUCGACAGUUAGUUGCCAUCUACGAAGUCCUCAAGGAUGAGGAAAGAAGACAAAGAUAUGAUGACAUCCUGGUUAAUGGGCUGCCGGACUGGAGGCAGCCUGUCUUCUACUAUCGACGCGUUAGGAAGAUGAGUAAUGGAGAGUUGGGCUUCCUCCUCUUCCUCAUUCUGACAGUGGGUCACUAUGCAGUUAUAUGGUCCAUCUACCUUGAGAAGCAGUUGGAUGAACUUCUGAGCAGGAAGAAGAGAGAGAAGAAAAAGAAGCAAAGCAGUAAGAUGACAGAUGAGAUUAAGUCCUUGGCACAGGACAAAAAUGAGAGUAAGGUGAAGAAACCUAAAGUGGAGUUUCCAGUCUAUGAACCCAAUACAAAUGCAGCUUUUGUGCCAGUGUAUGAUCAGGGAACGUCUAUUGAUGAUAUUGAGGAUCAAAUGGAUUACUGGUUAGAAGACAAAAAACAGCAGAAGACGAAAACUCAAGAGUGGACAGAGGAGGAUCUCAGCCAGCUUUCCCGCUGCAUGGCCAAGUUUCCUGGUGGAAUGCCGGGCUGGUGGGAGAAGAUUGCUCACGAGUUAGGCAGAUCAGUGACUGAGGUAAAUCUAGCCGUCACAGUGCCAGACAGUCUGAUGACCCAGCGAGAGGAGCCCUUAGAGCAGCAGCUGGAGGAUUCAGCAGAGCCUGCUGGGGCAGAGGACUCUGAGAGCAAAGCGCUCAGAAGACGGACAAAAAAGUCUGCGGCCGGGAGCGCUGGAACCGGAGAAGCGGAGGAGAGGAUGAAAGGACGCAGACAAAGAGACUUCGACCCCACAGCUGUAGAUGACGACAGUGAAGAUGAGAAGAAACCAUCAGCCUCCAAAGAAAAACCCAGUGCUGCUGAAGAUGUCUGGACACAGAACCAGCAGAAGCUCUUGGAGCUGGCCUUACAGCAAUUCCCAUGUGGCACCACUGAACGCUGGGACAAGAUUGCUAAGGUGGUGCCUGGAAAAACCAAGGAGGAGUGCAUGUCCCGUUAUAAACUGCUGACGGAGCUGAUUCAGAAACGGAAGCAGGCCAAGAGCUGACUCCUGGUCUUCAGUAUUUCACCGUACCUCUCACCUGCUUGUUAUGUGCCUUAAUGCAACCCUACGUCCUUUUGUCAGACUUUGUGCCACGUUCACCAGAGCCUGACUCGUCAGCAUUUAAUCAUUGGAGAGAUCCCAACCGCACAUUUAAAUAAGGUUUUAUUUAUUUUAAAAUCUGUUUCAGAUUGUAGACUUGUUAUUUUUUGUUUCUCUAUGCAACCAGACAGUCUGAGAAGCAGAAGGCACAUUUUAAUGUUUUUUUCCCCAAUUCUGAAACAUUGUUUUUCAGAAGCACAAUGUGUUGUGCUGUAAUCUGUUUUGGUCAUGUGUUAUAACAUAAAGUUAUUUGCAUACAA